UGUAACAGCGUACAGUGUUGUGCAGUGCGUAAUCAGCCGCGACACCAGACGUGCUAGCGACGGAAGCAUCCAUGGGUUAGCCUCCUUGCUAGCAUGCCCGUGAUUGCGAGUUCGAGUCUGGUGCGGGACUGUGCUUGCCCACACAACGCAAGUUACAUUGGUACCGUGACCAGUAGUGGGAGGUUUAGGGGGUGAGUGUAAGCAGUGAAUCUCACUCCCCGACACAGAUACGUGCUAGCGACAUACGCUAGCACCCAUGGGCUAGCCUCCUUGCUAGAACGGUUGUGAGUCCGAUGCGGGAGUAUUUGCUUGUGCUCUACACAACUCAAGUUACAUAAGGAUCAUCUUCAAAAACCAAGAAUAACGUUCCCGGUCAUUCACUGUGUGUUACUGUAUAGGCCUUUAAAUUGAUGUUAAAUGAAUGGCACAUAGGCGAACCAAUCAUAAGCUGAAAAGCAGAGUUCACUUCCUUCCUCAAAUAAACGGGCGGUGCAUAUACUGAUUCCAUCAUCACACUGAAACCUGCAGAGAUCUGCCGUCGGAGCAUUACAGCCCAGCAUCGGCUGUUGAUAACACCGUUUGUAACUUGUGAAAACGGGGCGCCUGGGCUGCCUUUCAACACCAUGGCUGGUAUUUUAGUUUGGUUUUGGAACGAGAGAUUUUGGCUCCCUCAUAAUGUAACCUGGGCUGACUUAAAAAACACAGACGAGUUAACCUUCCCGCAAGCAGAGGAUCUGUAUCUGGCAUGUCCUUUAGCAUUCUGCAUCUUCAUGAUCCGACUGGUAUUUGAAAGGUUCAUUGCCAGACCAUGUGCCCUGGGUAUGAAAAUCCAAGCCAAUGGACCUCAGAGGGCCCAGCCCAAUGCCAUCCUGGAGAAGGUCUUCACUGCCAUCACCAAGCAUCCGGAUGAGAAGAGGUUGGAGGGCCUUUCAAAGCAGCUGGACUGGAAUGUGCGGACCAUCCAGCGCUGGUUCCGGCAGCGCCGCAACCAGGAGAAGCCCAGCACCCUGGCCCGCUUCUGUGAGAGCAUGUGGAGAUUCACAUUUUACCUCUACAUCUUCACCUAUGGAGUCCGCUUUCUAAAAAAGACCCCAUGGCUGUGGAACACCAGAGAAUGCUGGUACAACUACCCUUAUCAGGCUCUCACGGUGGACUUACACUACUACUACAUUCUGCAGCUCUCUUUCUACCUGUCCCUGCUCUUCUCCCAGUUCACAGACAUCAGGAGAAAGGACUUCCUCCUCAUGUUCAUGCAUCACCUGGCCACUAUCGCCCUAAUCACAUUCUCCUACGUCAACAACAUGGUGCGCGUCGGCACCCUGGUCAUGUGCCUCCACGACGCCGCAGACGUGCUCCUGGAGGCAGCUAAAAUGACCAAUUAUGCCAAAUGCCAGAGACUCUGCAACCUGCUAUUUGUCAUGUUUGCUUUGGUCUUCAUGAGUUCCAGGCUAGGCGUGUUCCCUGUCUGGGUUCUAAACACUACGCUCUUUGAGAGCUGGGAGAUCGUGGGCCCUUUCCCGUCCUGGUGGGUCUUCCACCUGCUGCUGCUCCUGCUACAGGCGCUGCACACCUUCUGGUCCUACCUCAUAGUGAGGAUCGCCUGCAGAGCCAUCUCCAGGGGCAAGGCUGGGAAAUGGAACCCUUUACAUGUGUCCAAGGACGACCGCAGCGACAUUGAGUCCAGCUCGGACGAGGACGAGGCGCCGCCUCCCUCCCACAAGCACCACAGCAGCUCCUCAAACGGCACCAACGGAGCCCACGGCACCAACGGCUACCUGACGGGCACGUCCUGCCACGACGACCACUGACCCGCCCGCAGUCAGACACUCAAGCACUGGAGCGGGACCCUCUGGCCCCAUCAGUGCUACUAAUACUCGUGCGUGUGAAUACAUGAACAACAUUGCCUGUCUGGUACUGGAAUAAAGAUAUGUGAAUGCAGUUUCUUUUUUUUUUCUCUUUUUUUUUUCGCUAUGAUUUUUUUUUGCUCUCUUCUCCUGUUAUCUCCUUCACUUUAUUCUGUUUGUUUAUUAUUUUGGUUUGAGGGGUUUGGGUCUCCCUGCGUUCUUGUGCACCUGAUUAUAGCAUUGCACUCUUGUUGGUACCGCCCACUUUUUCAUUAGCCAGCGAAUGAAAGCAUUCCACUUUAAUCAUAUGAAGCAUGCUGCUGUGUAGCGUGGAAUCAUGGGAAGAAGAAGUUUAUCUUGCGUCAGUGUCUUUGUAUUUAUUUAUUUUUCUAUAUGUGUAUAAACUGUUUUUUUUUUGUUUUGUUUUGGUUUUUGCAAAUUGUGGAUUUCCUUUUUUGUUGUUUUUUUUUGCCUUGUCUUUUAAAUCAUUUUGCUGUCAGUGUUCAAAAGUGACACAUGCUGCAGUGCUGUUCACCUGUCCAUCAAAGUGUGAACUCGUUCAGUAGAAGUCUCGUCCCUGGCUGCUCACUGUACAAACUGGAUUGGCUUGUAAUGCCUCACCACCCCUUCGCUAGAUCCGUCACUGCAUUCGUCUCAUCCGCCAUAUAAAUUAUUAUGUGUUGACAGAACACCACUGGCAGAUACACACACACACACACACAUCAGCCACCAGUAAGCUGGGAAUCAGUAACAGUAAUAUGUGUGUGUGCAGCUAUUAUGACAUUAUUAUGUUAUUCAUCUGUAAUCCAAUGCAGGUCUAGUGUGCUGAGCAAGACUACAUGUAGUCCUGCUAUAGCCUAUUGAGUUAUUCAAGCAUUGCAUCAGUUGGUGUGGUAAAAUUCAGUGCAGGUACUAAUGAAUAGUCAGGUUAGUCCUGCUAUAAGGUUUUGAUGCAUCAAGGUUACAUGAGCUAAAUUAGUAAUUGUAAACGGGAGCUACAGAAAUAGUAUUCUUAUUCGAGCAGUCAGUGAGCACUCGCAUAGGAACUGGCGUCUCAUUUUUUAAAUAAUUUGCACAGCACUUUUAUCUUGUUAUACUUUAACUUGGUUAAUUCUAAAUGUAAUGAGAAACCAGAAAGGAUGGAAGUGAUCUCUCUUACCCAAAAAGUAAUUGUAAGUCUGUCUGCAUGAGGGUAAUAAUUUGAAUCAUGGAUUACAGUUCUAGUUGUUGAUUUAAAAUCUCUGAUAAGUUAAUCAUGGAGUGUAUCUGCAUAUAUUUAGCAAAGUAUACUAUUUCUCCAGCCCAGCCCAGGUGAGAUACCAGAUACAGAUAUAAUGAUGGUGUGCUUCACUCAGUUUGCUUGUAGGAUGAAUUUAAUGAAGGAACAGUUGUGUCUUUUCCCUGUUUUUUAUGUUUGCCAGGACAGGUUUGUUGUGAAAGCUUCAGUUGGCGCUUUUGAUUUGAAACAGGAAGGUUCUUCCACAGCUAGAUCCAGUGUUUCUGCAUAUCUGAAGUCCCCCCGGCAGUCAGUCCAAUGGGAAUCUGCCAUCGAAUGUCCAACCACACACUCCCAGCCCACCCAAACACACACACACUUUUGCCAGUGCAGAGGUGAUUCACAUGGUUUACAAUUAUGUCAAAAAUGAACACAGUAUUUAAGAGGGCAGGGUUUCUCUGUCUUUAUGAAAAACAGUGGAAAUAAAAAAAAAUGUAAGUGACAAUGAAAAAAGUGUUGCCAUGAAUUUUGAAUAAACAUGACAAAUCCCAGCACAAUGAA